UGAUGACACGUGGCAUAAAUGGUAAUCCACUUUUGAGAACGACGUGGCAAGAUUGAGGUCCAUUGUUCAUCUUCAUCCUCUUUCUCUUUCUGUCAGACACGGAGAGAAAGAGAGAGAAACAAAAAAGCUGCUUCAAAUGGCCAUGGCGUGGAGGCUUCCUACACAGUUCGCCAUACCCGGAAAACUGUACUAUAACCAUAACCAUCUUCACCCCAAAACAUCCACUUCCCAUGUAGCCUUUUCAUGGCAGCGUACUUUGGCACCCAACUCUCCCCUCUCUACACUUUCCUCUCCUCCUCCUUCUCCUUGCUCUUUAAUCUCAGUCUCCGAGAGGUCUUGUGAGAGAUCUUCAAUAACAUGUACAGCACAGGCUGGUGGGGCCGUGAAUCUUGCUCCGGGAACACCAGUUAGGCCGACCAGUAUACUUGUGGUUGGAGCUACAGGAACUCUUGGGAGGCAGAUUGUGAGGAGGGCAUUAGACGAAGGCUACGAUGUGAGAUGCCUCGUUAGGCCUAGACCAGCUCCUGCUGAUUUCCUCCGGGAUUGGGGUGCCAUUGUGGUUAAUGCAGAUCUUAGCAAACCAGAGACCAUACCUGCAACAUUAGUUGGCAUUCACACAGUUAUUGAUUGUGCCACAGGGCGUCCAGAGGAGCCUAUAAAAACGGUAGAUUGGGAAGGAAAAGUAGCUCUCAUACAAUGUGCGAAAGCAAUGGGAAUCCAGAAAUAUGUUUUCUUUUCCAUACACAAUUGUGAUAAACAUCCUGAAGUUCCACUGAUGGAGAUAAAGUAUUGCACUGAAAAGUUUCUCCAGGACUCAGGCCUAACUCAUAUCACAAUAAGGUUAUGUGGUUUUAUGCAAGGACUUAUUGGGCAGUAUGCAGUACCUAUACUAGAAGAAAAAUCAGUUUGGGGAACAGAUGCUCCCACUCGAAUUGCUUAUAUGGACACCCAGGAUAUAGCUCGGCUGACAUUUAUAGCUUUACGUAAUGAGAAGAUUAAUGGGAAGCUUCUCACAUUUGCUGGUCCGCGUGCCUGGACGACCCAAGAGGUGAUAACAUUGUGUGAGAGGCUUGCUGGGCAGGAUGCAAAUGUUACUACUGUUCCAGUCUCCAUUUUAAGAUUUACUAGACAACUAACACGCUUAUUUGAGUGGACAAAUGAUGUUGCUGAUAGAUUGGCAUUUUCAGAGGUCCUUACAAGUGACGCAGUUUUCUCUGUUCCGAUGAAUGAGACAUAUACGCAGCUCGGCGUGGAUUCAAAAGAUAUAAUUACCCUCGAGAAAUAUUUACAGGAUUACUUCACAAACAUUUUGAAGAAACUGAAAGAUCUCAAAGCACAAUCGAAACAGACCGACAUUUUCUUGUGAUAGAAGACUAUUCCUUAAUUUUGUAAAUGAAGCCAUGUAUCUGUCGAUGAGUCCAAUACCAGAUAACUCUCAGACAUAGGUAUUUGACUUGCAUACCUAUUUUUGUUCCUUCUCUUUUGCAUUUUCGUUGUAAGCAUCUCAAUGUUAUAGAGCCGCUGAGUCAGAGACAGGAUUGUUCAUUGUUCCAUUCCAGCCAUACUGUAAGAAACAUGCAUGUUCAUCCAUAUAUUGCAGAUAAUACAUAUUCACUGUGUAUCUUAUUUCCAGCAUCCAUAUAUUGCAGAUAAUACAUAUUCACUGUGUA